AUGUGCAUCAAUGUUCAGCUCUUGUUGAUUUGGCGAGCAACUACAGUAACUCAUUCAGAUGCUGGGCUUGAAUUCAACAUUAAAUUUAUACUUCAGCGUCGACCGCGAUCUAAUUCAGUGGCAGAUACGACAUCCAUGUCAUCUUCAACUAAUCAUCGUAAUUCGCGUGGAGUCGUUGGUGUUGGUAGUACCCGAAAUUCUAGGGGGCGCGUUGGUAAUGAUAGUACAUCAGACUCAGAUGAUGAUGCGCCCAGUGCAAGAGUUGCGUUUCAUUCUGGCUCAUCUGCUGACGCACGUCAUCCUCCAAUAAGAUUCUCAAUAUCACAUCUACGAUCCCAUCGAGGCUCUCGGGAUUCAUCAGCACGUCGAUCGAUGCCUGUAUUGCAACUGUUAAAUCGCUUAGCUCAAGAUAUCAAAUGCCCAGUUUGCAAAAAAAUAGUACCCUCAGAUGAUGCUGAAGUCCAUCUAGUUAUGUGCCUAACCCGUCCAAAAAUAACAUAUAAUGAGGAUGAAUUGACUGAAGACAAAGGUGAAUGUUCAAUAUGCCUUGAAGAAAUGUCCUCUGGAGAUCGAAUCGCUCGUCUGCCUUGCUUAUGCAUUUAUCAUAAAAGUUGCAUCGAUGAGUGGUUUAUGCGCAAGAAUUGUUGUCCAGAGCACCCAGGUUAUGACUGA